AUGGUUUCGAGAAUUUUUGGCGGUAAUCCUUUUGAAGAGUUGGUGGAAAAAGCCACCUCGGAAUUGAACCCCAUAGGUCAAGAUAACUUGGCUCUGAAUCUUGAUAUAAGUGAUCAGAUCCGUAGUAAGUCGGUUCAACCUAGAGAGGCACUGAGAGUUUUAAAAAAAAGGAUAAUGCACACAAAUCCGAAUGUUCAACUCUUGGCUCUUAAUUUAACUGAUACUUGUAUUAAGAAUGGUGGCCAUCAUUUCUUAGUCGAAGUCGCUUCAAGAGACUUUGUCGAUACCUUAGUGUCGAUUAUAAAAUCGAGUAAUUCUAAUCCUGAGGUUAUACAAAAGCUACUUGGAUUGAUUCAGACGUGGAGUUCAGCUUUUGAUGGCAGACCCGAACUUAAGUAUGUUACGGAAAUUUAUUAUUCGUUGAAACACGAGGGUUACAUAUUCCCAAAAAUUGAUAAGGCACCUACAGUUAUGAUUGAUACUGCAACGCCACCAGAAUGGACUGAUAGUGAAGUUUGCGUGCGAUGUAGAGUACCAUUUACAAUGAUAAAUCGAAAGCAUCAUUGCAGGAAUUGUGGUCACACUUAUUGUGGUGAAUGUUCCGCUAAGACAACAUCACUACCACAUUACGGUAUAAACGAACCUGUGCGCGUAUGUGAUACAUGUUACAUGAAAAAGCAACAAAAAGAUAAAGGCGUUGAUCUUUCGAGUUUUAAGUCUUAUUCAGCUCUUACACAGCCCACAUUAUACUCAAAUUCAAUCUCGACUUCCGUUAACGAAGCUGAAUACAAUAGAAACUAUGUACAACCUGCACUGCAGAAAUCUGCGAAAAAAGUUGAGCCCGUAAAGCAAGUAGUAGUAAAACAGGAGGUAGUAAAGCAAGAGGAAGAAGAGAUGGAUGAAGAUUUGGCUGCUGCUAUUCAGGCUUCCCUUCAGGAAAUGCAAAUUAGCAAAACCCAAAAAUCACCUGCUUACAACGCAGAGAACAUUUAUAACUAUUCAGAAACGCUUGAACGAAUUCGACAAAGUGGUGGAGAUUUGAUGAGAGAUCGUCAAAUUCAGGAAUUGCAUGAACGAGUUGGAGAGUUGAAACCAAAAUUAACCAAAAGUUUGACCGAAACGAUACAAAAACAUCAGGAUCUUUUGGAUAUGCACGAGAAAUUGUCGCAAGCUGUUAAAUUGUAUGAUCGAUUAUUGGAUGAAAGAUUUUCAAAUUCGUCACGACGUAUAUCUACUAUUUCUUAUUCUAUACCCCAGCGAGCAGCCUCAUCAGGGAUUUCCGGCGUUGGAAAUAUUUAUCCUUCUGUUGCAUCCCCAAACCAAACAUCAAACAUAUAUUCGCAUGUACCAGCUUAUCCAGUCGCGUCAGCACCUGCAACUUCACCAUCCUAUGUAGCUGCACAAACG